GUGGAAGUGCCCAUCUGCUCUGCCGUGGCAAGCUUGAAGUCAACGUGCCGCGUCCCGGCACUUUGGUACGAGGAAUCACCCUCACAGGAGUGCACACACUUACAGACACACUUUUCUUUCUUUCUCAUGAAGUUGGCGCAUACGGAGCCGCCCUCGGCCGUCCCGGCAGCGGCGCACAUCCUCGGCGAGCCGACCAUCGAGGGGCUGGCCCGCUACAUUCUCCAAAGCGACGUCCGCCGCAUCCUCGUGCUCGUCGGGGCGGGGGCCAGUGUGGCGGCCGGCAUCCCGGACUUCCGCUCGCCCGACACCGGCAUCUACGCCAACCUCGGCAAGUACAACCUAGACGACCCGAGCGACGCCUUCUCCCUCACGCUGCUCCGCGAACGGCCCGAUAUCUUUUACAGCAUCGCGACGGAGAUGAAUUUGUGGCCCGGCCACUUCCGACCGACAGCUGUGCACUUCUUUAUUCGGCUGCUGCAGGAGCAGGGGCGGCUGCUGCGGUGCUGCACGCAGAACAUCGACGGCCUGGAGGAGGCCGCGGGCAUUUCGCCGCGGCUGCUCGUGGAGGCGCACGGCUCCUUCGCGACGGCAUCCUGCAUUGACUGCCAUGCCCCUUUCGACAUUGAACAGAACAAAAAGGAGGCGAUGGAGGGGGUCGUGUCGCACUGCCUACUCUGCGGUGGCAUCGUGAAGCCGAACGUGGUGUUUUUCGGAGAGAGCCUGCCCGAUGCCUUCUUCCACGCACUGCAGCACGACGCCCCUACGGCGGAUCUCGUCAUCAUCGUCGGCACCUCCCUCCAGGUGCACCCCUUUGCGUCGCUGCCCUUCUUUGUGCCGACGACAAUCCCGCGCGUGGUGAUCAACCGCGAGCGAGUGGGUGGGUCAUUUUUCCGCUUCCCGGAUGACGACGACGUGCCGGACUCGGCGGAGGGUCUCGCCGCGACAUCAUCCGCGGCGUCAUCGUCAUCGUCGCGGCCGCUGCUGGCGGGCGAUGGGGUGGGGGCGGACAGCGGCGACGGCCACCGCAGCGCAGCUGCUUCGACUGCGCCGGAAAGCAUCGCAGCAACGCGGGAGAGUAAUGAAGAGGGGAGGGAGGAGGACGCGGCGAGUUCCAGCUCCAGCUCCAGCGACGGCUACGCGCAGUACGGCGACUACGACGUGCACCCCCCGCUGUGCCGCGACGUGCUCUUUCGCGGCGACUGCCAAGACAACGUCAAGAAACUGGCGGAGUGCCUCGGCUGGGGGGCGGCGCUGUCUGAUUUCCUAGGGACCUCAACGGCUUCAUCAGAGGAUGAGCAUUGA